GGUGCGUCAACCCGUCAACAGACACCUCUGUACCGUCUGCAGAUGCUUUGCGACUUUGCGCGCCCGUGCCCCGUACACGCCUAUAGAGAACCAAGUUUUGUGUGCACGCGUUACGUUUCCCUCGUGCCGAUCUCUCAUCAUUUCGCGACAGUCGAACGUUUGUUUCAACUUAAAUAAGGAGGAAAGAAAGGAGGAAGGAUUCUAUGCUCGAAAACGAGAGCGGCAAGCGCAUCAUAGGGAGAGGCUAAACGCUCCGGAUUGAGACUCAAGUACCGUGUGUUGGGCGUGUCAUAAUGCGUGCUAUUCUAGCCUUAAUAUGCGUGUUUCUGCAAACGGUUGCGGCUCAACGUACUCCGACAAUAUCUUACAUAUCGCAGGAACAAAUUAAGGAUAUCGGGGAAACGGUAGAACUGCAUUGCUCCGUUCAGUACGCGCAGGAGUAUCCCGUCUUGUGGAUAAAAGUUAAUAGAGAAAACGUACACGAGCAAGUGGCACUUUCUACCGGCACUGCGUUGAUAAUCAGAGACAGUAGAUUCGCCCUUAGGUAUGAUACAGCGUCCACCACUUACCAAUUACAGGUUAAAGACAUACAAGAAACGGAUGCUGGAUACUAUCAAUGUAGAAUACAAAUAUCUGUAAAUAAUCUCAUAAGCGCGGAAGUGGAAUUACAAGUCCGUAGGCCACCGAUAAUUAGCGACAACUCGACCCAAUCGCUGGUAGUUAGCGAGGGACAACCUGUUCUAUUGGAAUGCUACGCCAAUGGCUUUCCGCCGCCAAGAAUAUCGUGGCGUAGAGAAAACAAUGCUAUUUUGCCUACCGGGGGAUCGAUCUAUCGUGGCAACACGUUAAAAAUAUCUUUCAUACGGAAAGAGGAUCGCGGAACGUAUUAUUGCAUCGCUGAGAAUGGCGUUGGACGCGGUGCCAGACGUAACAUUAAUGUGGAGGUGGAAUUCGCGCCGGUAAUCACAGCUCCUAGGCCACGACUCGGACAAGCUUUGCAAUACGAUAUGGAUUUGGAGUGUCACGUAGAAGCAUAUCCUCCGCCAGCUAUCAUCUGGCUAAAAGACGACGUACAGUUGUCAAAUAAUCAGCAUUACAGCAUAUCACAUUUUGCAACCGCGGAUGAAUAUACUGACACAACGAUUCGAGUUAUUACUAUUGAAAAACGACAAUAUGGAGAAUAUGUGUGUCGUGCAGCCAACAAACUGGGUACUGCUGAAACGAAAGUUGAACUUUUCGAAAUUUCUACACCAAAUAUUAACUAUCCGGGCCUUCAAUGGGCAUCAGCGGCAAUUCGAUACGACUUCUUGAAAUGGCUCUAUGCAACCGUCAGCUUUAUUGUUGUCGCAAUAACGCUGUAAAACCAAAACCUAAACUGUAAGGGCCUCGAUUACUGUUUUACUAACUUACUUUCUAUAUUUGUAUCGUGCAAUUAUUUUUAUAGUUAUUUACAAGCAGACCAAUUUAUCUCGUUAAUGAAAAACGCGCAUAUCGUGACACGUUGCACUGACCACAGUGCACAGUGAAUUUAGUAUUGUUAUUUACACAUUCGGCUAUUUACGAUACUCGCAUUUUUAGAAUUUUAAAACUUUUUAUGUAUAUAUAGGUAUUCAAAUGCGAUUUUUAUAUUGGGAUCUUUAUAUUCAAUUUAUAUUUGUUUUCUUUUUAAUCUUGACUUAUUUUUUUUCUUUAAAUGAUACGCGUAAUAACGCCGCUCAAUUUUUAC